GAACGAAUAAUAUGAUCUACGGCAGAGUUUUGAACUAAUGCAAGUGAGUAAAAUGAGAGCGUGUGUAAACUAGAAAAGUAGAUUCGAUGUAGACAAUGACAGUGAGUUCUGCUCGCGUUUCACGAUAUAAAACUAGAAAUAAAUAAUGUAAACCGUUGCUGGAAAAAAAUGAACAAAGUCAGGAAUGAAUCUGGAAUGCGAUUCCCUUUACGCAUUACGAAAAGUAACAUAACUUGUUCGGUUCGUGGGUGCAGAAGCAGAGCUUCCACACAUGGGACAGUUAGAUUACACCUGUUCCCCAAGCCCGGCGAAACAUUUGUAGAUUUUCCUAACGAAUCUGGUGUUUUGGAGAAAACUGACCGUCGUCGAGCAUGGGAAAAAAUGUUGAAAAUGGAACGGGAAGCCUCAUCGUGGAUGCGAGUCUGCUCUUUGCACUUCGUCAAAGAUGACUACUGCUUGCAAAACAUAGAUUCGCAGAGAAGGCAUUUAAAGAAAACUGCAGUGCCGUCGUGCAACUUGCAGGGAUCUUUGCCUACAAGCAGCAGAAGAGGCAGAAAGAGAAAGGUGAAAUACAAAGUGGAUGAAGAGUGGUUGCCAAAGGAAGUGCGUUGCAUGCAAACAGAGGAACAGCCAAAGUUAGUUCGUGUAAAAGAGGAGCCAGUUGACGAAGUUGAAAGAGAACAGAUAGACAUGGAAGAAUCAUUCGCAGUUAAGACGGAACUGCUAGAGCCAAAAGUAGAAUUGGAUGAACCUGUAAAUGAUACUCCUGCAUUUACCUUUGUCAGGACAGAAGUAGUGACUAAUGACCGUCGAGUUUCCCAAUUUUUUGACAGCAUUACGAACGAUGCUCAUUUGACUACUUUGACAGGGAUUUCGUAACUAUCCACUCUGAAUAAUUUCAGGAAUAUUAGACAUUGCUGAUCCCGAACAUGUACUUCUUGGACAAUUACACUUGAAGUUACAGGUUCUGAUGACGUACAUGAAAUUGAAAGCACAACUUGUGUUACGAGUUUCUCGCAGUAUUAUCUGAACGUGGUACACCGUGCGAUUGUAAACAGAUGAUAUAUUGAGUAGCUGUUUGAAGUAUGCCGAUGAAUAAAAACAAAGUCUCCAGACACGUGCUUUAAGGUUGCACUGAAACUGAAAUUGAGAGGCCGAAAAGUCUGUGCUGACGAUUCGCUACCUAUUCUCACUGUAAACGAUCUCAUACCAUAAAAUUUAUCACAAGCUGUUCCGUAGGUGGUUUGAUAUCAUUUGUGAGUAGAGACUCUGGUGGCCCAGCUUUC